GAAGAGAAUUCAAGUUUGUUCAGCGCUUGUUGCAAUAGCUGGAACAUUGUUAAACUGAGAGGAUAGACGCUUGUAUGCUGUAGAAUUCCGACUUUGAAGCAGCAUGUGGGAGAACUCUUCCAGCAACACUCAUGUCUAGUUACUGCUUGGUCAAAACUCCCUCACAUACUGCGCGUGGAUUGUUAUUUUUUAAAAGCUGGUUUAGCUCCAGUUUUUGAAGUGACUCAAGCAGAGUGGAAUGUUUUCCUUUGGGCUGGGAGACUCCAGCACCCAAUGAGACGCCUGAGGGUAAAAGAUGUUGGUGGUGCCUGACAGGCCAGUGUUCUCCCUCAACAGCAGCAGUUCCCAGCGUAAAGUUGUGUGUAACACAGAGGACAGGGGUGGCACAGAGUUACAGGUCAGUUUGCAAGUGUACAGCGGCUGAAGAAAUUGUAUUCAUCAGAUGGCUUUGUUCUCCCGGCUCCUUGAGGGACCAAGCUGAGUUUGGGCAGUGUGGGAGAUGGUGUGACUGGCAACUGUGAGGGCACUGACAGAGAGCUAGGAAUGGAGUCCAGCAAACUGGAACACAAGAGGAUAUUGCAGGCAGAAGCUGAUCUCAGUGUAAAGAAAUGUCGCUGCUGUCACCCAGCUGGUGAACAGGCUGAGGUUGCUCAAUCUGCUGCUGUGUCUGAACAGGUAAAUAUCACCGGUACCUUACAGGUUAAAUUCAAGAAAUUAAUUGAGGGCCGGGCAGGUUGGCCCCGGAAAGAGACCAAGCCCAGUGACGCUAUCGAGUUCUCCAGAAAGCUGUCAAGUGUGAUGGUUGAUUCCCCGCUGAACUCCGUCAGUGACAGACUGAGACGGCCUAGGAGCAUCUGUGUCCCAGAGAACAGGAUCGGAUUAUUCCCAGAGCUGGAAUCACAGUCACUGCUGCCAGCUGUAAGGAAGAGAGGGAUUGAUCGCAAUUCACUGAGUAAAGGGGGACAUUCUCAGCAGCACGAUGAAGCAGCAACAGUAACUGUACAGCCUAGAGUGUGCAUUUUGCACCCUGGAAAGAAGGAACUACGCCGACCUCUCAGCAUGAGUUUCCUUGAGAUUAACAGAAGUGCUUCACAUGGUCGCGUUGGGGUACCAGACAGUGAAGUGGCUGAACGGACCACCACUGCCACCAGAUCCGACAGCACGAGCUUUCUCCGAACCAGCUACCGAUGGUCCAGUCACCGAUGGGUUAGUGCUGCCGGGAAAGCGGCGAGUGCAAAAGAAGCAACGAAUGAUCACAAGGCCCAAAAUUCCAAAAUAUCCCUGAAAUCGUUGAGAAGAAGCCUGAGCUUUCGGAUCAGGAGAGGGGCUGAGAACAAAAAAGAGUGUGAGAGCAGCAGGGCCAGGACACAGAGUGUUGGAGACUCCUUUCCACAAAGACUGAAGUCACCUGUAAGUGCGUGCUCGUCCCCCUCAGAAACACCAAGCCGAGAAAUGCCCAGCUGGCAUGAACAAGGUCAGAAUUGCUUGGUGCAUCAGCAGCCUCUUACCGAUACCCACACAGCUCCAACAGUGAAGUCUGCACGUUCGCCAAAAGGAAACUUAGAGGAGAACAGCUGGUGGAAGUUUCUGACUGCUCAUUUUCGCAAAAAAAAUUCACCUGUGGGCAAAGACUCCUGGAAAACUGACGGAUUGAGAUCUGAGAUACAGAGCAAUGGCUGGACUUUGACCGAGGAACAGGAUGUAGCCUCAUGUAGGAUCCUUGAGCCUUGCUCCAUCACUGAGUCUAUUACGGAGAGCUGUCAUCAUCUGUCCAGAUGUGAAGUGUCAUCACCAUCAUCAGAAGACUCGUUUGUGAACAGUCAGGAGUGGACGCUGAGUCGGUCUGUCCCAGAACUGAAAGUGGGAAUCGUGGGGAAUCUGUCGAGUGGGAAGUCUGCUCUUGUUCACCGGUAUUUAACUGGCACCUACGUGCAGGAGGAGUCCCCAGAAGGUGGUCGCUUUAAGAAGGAGAUUGUGGUUGAUGGACAGAGCUACCUCCUGCUUAUUCGGGAUGAGGGAGGACCUCCUGAAGUGCAGUUUGCAGCCUGGGUGGACGCCGUGAUCUUUGUCUUCAGUCUAGAGGACGAGAUCAGCUUUCAGACAGUUUACAAUUAUUACAUGCGACUCUCCAGUUACCGUAAUACAGCUGAGAUUCCGAUGGUACUUGUAGGGACACAGGAUGCAAUCAGUGCAACGAACCCUAGGGUUAUCGAUGAUGCUCGGGCCCGGAAGCUGUCCAAUGACUUGAAGCGAUGCACAUACUACGAGACGUGUGCUACAUAUGGACUGAAUGUAGAACGGGUCUUCCAGGAUGUGGCUCAGAAGAUUGUGGCAUUACGGAAGAAGCAGCAGUUAUCGAUUGGACCCUGCAAGUCACUGCCAAACUCUCCCAGUCAUUCCUCUGUUCCUAAUGCCUCCAUCCCAUCUGUGCACAUCAACCAGGCUGCUAAUGGAGGGGUCUUCAGUGACUAUUCCUCUUCAGUGCCAUCCACACCCAGUAUGAGUCAGAAGGAACUGCGAAUUGAGACAAUUGCUGCGUCCAGCACUCCCACUCCCGUCCGCAAACAAUCCAAGCGACGCUCCAACAUAUUCACGUCUCGAAAGGGCAGUGACACUGAUAAGGACAAGAAAAGCUUAGAUGGUAAAACAGACAAUAUCGGGAGUGGACGAGCUAUCCCCAUCAAACAGGGGAUUCUCUUGAAGAGGAGUGGGAAAUCACUCAACAAGGAAUGGAAGAAGAAAUAUGUGACACUCUGUGAUAAUGGUGUCUUGACCUACCAUCCCAGUUUACAUGAUUAUAUGCAGAACGUUCAUGGCAAGGAAAUUGACCUAUUGCGGACUACGGUGAAGGUCCCGGGUAAGAGGCCUCCACGGGCGACAGCAGGAAAUGCUCCGAGCGCCAGUCCCAAGACCAAUGGGCUCACCAAGGAUAGGAGUAACCUGCAACUGUCUGGGAAUCAGGAUGGUGAAGAAUCCUAUGAGUUUGUGAUUGUGUCGCUAACUGGGCAAACUUGGCAUUUUGAGGCCUCGAACUCUGAUGAGAGAGAAUCAUGGGUGCUAGCGAUUGAGAGUCAGAUCUUUGCCAGUCUACAGUCAUGUGAAAGCAGCAAAAAUAAGUCCCGAUUGGGAAGCCAGAGCGAUGCUAUCGCUAUCCAGUCAAUCCGGAACAUGCGAGGGAAUGGUUUUUGUGUUGACUGUGAUACGCCAAAUCCUGACUGGGCGAGCUUGAACCUUGGAGCCCUAAUCUGCAUAGAAUGUUCUGGCAUCCACCGGAAUCUGGGUACGCACCUGUCGCGGGUACGCUCCCUCGACUUGGACGACUGGCCUGUUGAACUCAUCAUGGUGAUGACAGGAAUCGGGAACGCCAUGGCCAACAGUGUGUGGGAGGACUCCAUGCAGGGACUGACUAAACCCAACCAGGACAGCAGCAGAGAGGAAAAGGAGCGCUGGAUCAGAGCCAAGUACGAGCAGAAACUUCUGCUGGCCGCCCUCCCGCAAUCGGACAUUCCCCUGGGACAGCAGUUACUCCGUGCUGUGGUGGAGGAUGAUCUAAGACUCGUUGUCCUGCUGCUUGCCCACGGCACGAAAGAAGAGGUGAACGAGACGUAUGGGGACGGAGAUGGCCGGACCUCACUGCACUUGUCCUGUGCUAUGGCUAAUGUCGUCAUAACACAGCUCCUUAUAUGGUAUGGAGUAGAUGUGAAGAGCCGAGAUGCUCGUGGACUGACACCGAUGGCUUACGCUCGGCGAGCAGGAAGUCAGGAGUGUAUCGAGAUUCUGACACAGUACGGCUGCCCCAGCGACAACCUCAUCCCCAUCCCAACCCCAAACCUGUCCCGUAGGAACACCAAUGUUAAUAACAACUCACAGUCAGAGCUGAAUCGAAGUGCCAGCAUUAUCUAACAUACCGCGCCGCUCAAU